GAAGCUCAGUCCUCACAGCUUCAUCAGAGACAAACUCAACACAUGGAAACAGAAGCUGAUGGAGAGGACUGUGGAGGACCAGAACCAGCCAGGAACUCACAUCCACAUCCACUGUUGAAACCAAAGAUUGAAGACCAGACCGGAGAAUCUUCUGAUCCAGAGACUGAUAAUAGUGCUGAUUGGAAGGAGACCAGAGAACCUCAGUCAGCUUUCAACUCUCUGAAACAUGAUUCAACAUGUAAGAAAACAUUCAGCUGCUCUGAAUGUGGAAAAAGAUUUGGCUGCAGGACACAUCUGAAGAGACACAUGAUAACUCACACAGGAGACAAACCUUUUAGUUGCUCAGUUUGUAAUAAAUCUUUUACACAGAGUGAAAAUUUACAGAAACACAUGAGAAUCCACACAGGAGAAAAACCUUUUAGCUGCUCUGAGUGUGGUAGAGCUUUUACUGAACGUGGAACCCUGAAGAGACACAUGAUGACUCAUUCUCGAGAAAAUCGUUUCAGCUGCGCAGUCUGUAAGAAAUAUUUUACACAGAGUAGAGCUUUAAAGAUGCACAUGAGAAUCCACACAGGAGAAAAACCUUUCAGCUGCUCAGUUUGUAACAGAAGAUUUGCCCGGCGUUCUGAUGUCAAAACACAUGAAUGUGUUGGUCAGAUGGAGACAGAAGCUGAUGGAGAGGACUGUGGAGGACCAGAACCAGCCAGGAACUCACAUCCACUUUUACAACCAGAGACUAAGGACCAGACUGGAGACUCUGCUGAAUCUGAGACUGAAGACAGUGCUGAUUGGAAGGAGAGCAGAGAACCUCAGUCAGCUUUAAACUCUCUGAAACAUGAUUCAAAACGUAAGAAAACAUUCAGCUGCUCUGAGUGUGGGAAAAUAUUUGGCCAAAGGGCACAUCUGAAGAGACACAUGAUUAUUCACACGGGGGAGAAACCUUUUAGAUGUUCAGUCUGUAAGAAAUAUUUUACACAACGUGUACAUUUACAAAAACACAUGAAAAUCCACACAGGAGAAAAGCCUUUCAGUUGCAGUGUUUGUAAUGCAUAUUUUCGACAUAGUGGAAGUUUACAGUCACACAUGACAAUCCACACAGGAGAAAAACCUUUUAGCUGCCUUGAGUGUGGUAGAGCUUUCUCUGAUAGUGGAACCCUGAAGGCACACAUGAUAACUCAUUCUGGAGAAAAACCUUUCAGCUGCUCAGUCUGUAAAAAAUCUUUUACACAGAGAGGAAGUUUACGGUCACACAUGGUAGUCCACACAGGAGAGAAAAGAUUCAGCUGCAGUGUUUGUAACAAAAGAUUUGCCUGGUGUUCUCUUGUCAAAAGACAUAAAUGUAUUGGUCCGAUGGAAACAGAAGCUGAUGGUGAGGACUGUUGAGGACCAGAACCAGCCAGGAACCCACAUCCACAUCUUUUACAACCAGAGACUAAAGGCUAGA